AUGCAAUUUACGACGAGACAUGUGGCCGGUGGACAUUUACUGGGAUCGGUUUCCCGGCCUCUGCACCCGAAACGCUGGUCCAUCCCGAGUGCCAUUUACUCCUUAUAA